GGGCUGGCAGAGCCGUCCCCAGCGUGCGAUCCCUCGGGAGCCAGAGCCCAGCCUCCUCCAGCCCCGCACACGCAGCCCUCCAGCCGCCGCCAUGGUGCAGUGGACAGCCGAAGAGAAGCAGCUCAUCACCGGCCUCUGGGGCAAGGUCAACGUCGCCGACUGCGGCGCCGAGGCCCUGGCCAGGCUGCUGAUCGUCUACCCCUGGACCCAGAGGUUCUUCGCCUCCUUCGGGAACCUGUCGGGUGCCACCGCCAUCCUCGGCAACCCCAUGGUCCGCGCCCACGGCAAGAAGGUGCUCACCUCCUUCGGGGACGCCGUCAAGAACCUGGACAGCAUCAAGAACACCUUCGCCCAGCUGUCCGAGCUGCACUGCGACAAGCUGCACGUGGACCCCGAGAACUUCAGGGUGAGCCCUGUCCCCCCACGGCAGUGUCCCCCCGACCCCGACCCCCUCCCCGGGAGGGAUUUACCCCAGACCUGGGGCUGCAGGAGGAACAACAGGGGCUGGUGCUUGGAGUGAGGGGGAGAGGCAGAG